AUGGUAAAGGCUAUUAGAGAAAAACUUAAAAGCAAUAAACGAAUCUAUCGUAGUCAAUAUCAGCCAGAUAAUGUAAUAGUAGAGUUCGAUUUUAUUGAUUCUGCAUUUAAACCUGAUCUUAAACAUAUUGAGCCUGAGUACUAUGCUAUAUGUCUAUUACAUUUACAAGACAAGGUUAUUAAUAUGGUUAGGAAGCAUUUUAAUAUGCAUUCAAAAAUUCCAAUUAAUGCUAUAGGGCAAUUUCUUACAGCUAAUAAAAUUCGAAGAAAUGCAGUUCAUGAAAUUUAUGAAUUUUAUGGGUGCUCUGGGCCUGUUUGGUACGAAUUACAAUUCCAUCAUGUAAAACUAACAUGCUUGUUGAAUCCCAUUGGAGGGUUCUUAAGCAUUGUUAUCUUUACAGAUUCAAUAGACCACCUUUUUUGGAUUAUUUGUACACGUGUUGUUCCUGAUCAAAUUAUUCAAUUUAAUCAAAUACAUUUAGAACGAAUAGCACCCUCUUGGUUUAAUGAAUUCAAAAAUAAUUGGAAACAACUUAUAAUGAGACCAAUUUCUGGUAGUGAUGGAAAACGUUAUUUUGUAGACUUAAAUCGUUGA